GCGGUUAUAGCGCGGGGGGGCGGAGGGCGCGGGGCAGGUAUGGAGCGGGUGGUGCUGGUGACCGGGGCUAACAGCGGCGUGGGGCUGGCGCUGUGCCAUCGGCUGCUGGAGGAGGAUGGCCGCAUCCACCUGUGCAUCGCGUGCCGCAGCGUGCAGAAGAGCGAGGCCACGCGGGACCUCAUCCUGGCCACCCACCCCGCCGCCCAGGUCUCCACCGUGGAAGUGGACCUGGGCAACCUGGCUUCCGUCCUGCGUGCCGCCCAAGAGCUCCGCUGCAGGUUUCAGCGCCUGGACUUUGUCUACCUCAAUGCUGGGAUCAUGCCCAACCCACAAGUGAACUUCAAAGCCCUCUGGCAGGGUCUCCUCACUGGGAAGGUGCUUCACAUGCUGACCACUGCCGAAGGCAUGAUGACCCAGACGGACAGGCUGACUGGAGAUGGACUUCAGGAGGUGUUUACUACCAACCUCUUCGGGCACUUUAUCCUGGUUCGUCAGCUUCAGUCUCUACUCUGCGGUAACGAGAAGCCCUCACGACUCAUCUGGACCUCCUCCAGCAAUGCCAGGGAGUCUGCCUUCAGCCUCUCUGACUAUCAGCAUGCCAAGGGGCAGGAAUCAUACAGUUCCUCUAAAUAUGCUACUGACCUGACAAGUGUGGUUCUGAACAGGAAAUAUAAUAACCAGGGUCUGUAUUCCAGUGUUGUUUGUCCCGGUCUCGUUAUGACUAAUAUGACCUACAGAAUUUUGCCAGUCUUUCUGUGGAAGCUGUUAAUGCCCAUCAUGUGGUUGAUCCGAUUUUUUGCCAAAACUUAUACUCUGACACCGUAUAAUGGAGCAGAAGCUCAUGUGUGGCUGUUCAAACAGAAACCAGAGUACCUGGAUUUACUUGCGAAAUACCACAGCUGUACUACUGGAUUGGGGAGAUGCUAUGUGGAGCCCAGGAAGAUGGAUGUGGAUGAAGACACUGCUGAGAAGUUGUACCAAAAGCUGUUGGAACUGGAGAAGCAGAUUCUAGAGAGAUACAGUGACCUUUUAGACUAAGUAAAGCCAGUCUCAGUGGGGUAAGAGUCUUGUAUCGGUCACGUGGGCUUUCUUCAUUCCGGUGCUACUCAUGUUGCCUGCUGUUCUGCAGGCACACAGCCUCAGACACAAUCUUCCUUCUCGACAGAAUGUGAACAGUUCCUGAAAAUGGAAAUGUGAAAACUGAAGAGAAAUACUUAGACUUUCUGGUAUGGGAUUUUUAUUUUUGGCAUAAAACUGGAGACCCAGAGUAGACGGAGUCUGUCUUAACAGAAUUGCAAAGCAGUGUCUUGCAAAAACAUGACUGAACUGUGCACGGUUCAGGAACAGCCUCAAAAACGUGUGUUUUAAACCUGGUUCAGAGCAGUAAAGGCAGCAGUCUGGGGUCCUGCCCUGCAUCUUGGCUCUACUUGUGUUUGUUGGUGGCUCAAACUUGUUACCUGUGGCUGAUCCUGAUGUACUUGAAGGCUCACCUUCAGAAGAGCUGCUCUUACACUUGUUCACCAAAGCUGGGGCUGGCUGUACUGACCUGCUCAACAAGAUUGAACCUUACUGGCAGUCAGGCUCUGCAUAGCAUCUGAAACCAAGCUCCUGAAGAGGUGGCUUGAGAAGCACACCCCUGCCUCAGCUGUGAGGAUAGAUGCCUUGCUCUCCCCUGGGUGUGAGGGCAUUAAGGGUUUUAACCACGACUGGCUGUAAAGGCUGAAGCUGAUGAUGUUAACCUGGACUCAGGGCUAGUCUGCUCUGUUUAUAGCAAGAGUGAGAGGUUACCAUGUUGUUUUAUCUAUUUAAGUGUCUUUUUAUAUAAAUCUAUUGUACCAACCUUUCUUCCUAUUUGGGGACCUUCACCAAAUACCUGGCACCAAGUACCUUCAAGUGCCCUGAUGAAUAAAUGACUGGAACUGA